CAAUGGCCCACAGGCACAUGAAAAGAUGCUCGCCGGGGACACGCACAGCAAACCAGGAGGAGAUGCCGCCUCACACCUGCUAGAGUGGCUCUUAUCAGAGAGACACGCGGUAACAAGCCCUGGGGAGGAUGUGGUGAAAAGGGGGACCCUUCCGCCCUGUUGGUGGGACUGUGAAAGGCUGCAGCUGCUGCGGAAAACAGUACGGAGGGAGCUUUUUCCUCAAACGAGCCAGGAAGGCUUCCUCUGUAAAUGGGAACUUUAGCGUCUCUGGUUUCCUUUCCAGAAGCGACUGCUCCUUACAUGAAACGGAUCACUUUUAACUUUUCAGUCGAAAACAAAAGCCGCCUAUCCCUGAGCAGCAGGAAGCGUAAAGUUUGCAGCGCCCAGCAGACCUGAGCCGCUACCGCGCAUGGCCUUGGGGAACCAGACAGCGGUGAGUGUCUUCAUCCUGCAGAGUUUCACCCAGGACCCCUGGCUCCAGGCUGCCCUCUUCGGCCUCUUCUUUGCUCUGUUUGGGGUGGCCUUGGCGGGCAAUGGGCUGAUCACUGCUGCCGUCUGCUGGAGCCCCACCCUCCACACCCCCAUGUACUUCUUCCUGGUCAACCUGGCUGUGCUGGACAUGAUCUGCACCUCAACCAUCCUGCCGAAGGUCCUGCAGGGCCUGGCCGCCGACAGCACCAUCUCGUUCUGGGGCUGCCUCAGCCAGCUCUUCUUCUUCACCUGGUCGCUGAGCUCUGAGCUGCUGCUCUUCUCCGCCAUGGCCUAUGACCGCUACCUGGCCAUCUGCCGGCCGCUGCACUACGGUGCCCGGAUGGGCGGGAGGGUCUGCGUCUCGCUGGCGGCCUUCGUGUGGGGCGUGGGGCUGCUCAACGCCGCCCUGCUCACGGGCCUGGUCCUGCGUCUGUCCUUCUGCGGCCCCAACCUCAUCGCGCACUUCUUCUGCGAGAUCCCGCCUGUGCUGCUGCUGUCCUGCAGCCCGACCUUUGUCAACGACGUGAUGACCAUCACCGCGGAUGUGUUCCUCUCGGGCAUGAACUUCCUGCUCACGCUGGCGUCCUACAGCUGCAUCGUGGCCAGCGUCCUGCGCAUGCGCUCGGCUGUGGGCAGGCGGAGGGCCUUCUCCACCUGCUCCUCCCACCUGCUGGUGGUCACCUUGUACUACUCCACGGUGCUCUACACCUACAUCCGGCCGGGCCUGGGCUCUGCUGGCCCGCUGGACAAGGCUGUGGCCGUUCUGUACACCACUGUGACCCCGACGCUCAACCCCCUUAUCUACACCCUGAGGAACAAGGAAUUCAAAGCAGCCCUUAGGAAACUCUUGCUGUUUUCCACUAAGUGACUCUGAGGCGGAGACCGUACGUCUGACCUUCGGAAGCACUGGGAGAGCCCCCUGUGAGGGACCCUUCAGGCCCUGCUGGACACAGGCCCCGAGGACUCGCCCUGAGCCUUUUCCAAAGGGCUCUGUAGGUAGAAAAUGUCACUGUUGCUACCUAGCACGCAGUGUGUUCAUCUUAAAAGAUAUGCUAAGCUUUUAAGCAGUGCCCACGCAACUAAUAAGACAUACGUGUUGCACAUUCAGUUCUCUGCAGCAUUUAAUCAUUUCUUAGACUUCCACUGUUAUCACCUCCACUCACCUCCCACUGUUAGCUAGAUCACAAAUAUAGGUUCAUUUCAUGUAUGUUCUGUUAACUUGUUUUGUUUUGCUUUGCUUUUUGCUUUUUGCUUUUUAG